GGAAAGGAGAUCCAACAUGGCGACCUCUCGUGGUCCGCUUCGCCUGGGAUGGACUCUACGGGUUUUGUCCAACACUCAUUCAGCUUUACGUAAGAUAAGUACCUCAGCUUUCAACAGAAAUACCUUCAGAGUAAUACUUUCGACACAGAGACGAUUUUAUAGCGCAGAAGCACAGCCAGAAGAAGUUGAUACAAAGGUAGAUUCACCUAGGAAUCUACUAGAAGUUUACGAGGUGGAACCUACUUUACUGCAAGGUCCCAGGAAAAAGCCUAUUUCUCAAGAUUAUGUCGAGCAAGAAAUUGAAAAAUCACGAAAAAUCCGAUCCAGAGUUCCAGUGUGUAUAAAUCCUGUAGAUGCUCAAUGGACUCCUGAAUCUAAACGGGUUGGGUUGGUAGGAGUCAAGUUGGGAAUGAGUUGUUUGUGGCUCAAGGAUGGAACAAGGAAGCCUGUCACCCUGGUUGAGGUAAUAACGGCUUAAGAUUGGAGUUCAAAUUACUUUUUUUCACCCCUCUGACUUUUAUUUUCGAAAAUACUCAGAACUGAUUAAUAAUAAUAUUAAUAAUGAUGAUAAUGAGCAAUUAUUGGAUAAAGUGGAGCCUGAUAUCAUGAAUUAUUAUCAAUAUACACGGCCAAAUAGAAAAUCGGCCUCUUCAAAACACACGCUCAGCGGGCCGCAAAAGACUGACAGCGGGCUGCUAAUGCAUUAUCAGCCCUACAGCUGAUUGGUUCUUGCUUCAUCAUCUGAUGGACAUUUUGGACAUUUUUAAGGUUAACUUUGUGAUAUGCCUAUUAUUUAUAGACGAUUUUAAGCAUUUUUUUGGUAAUUUUCAAUAAGUUCACUGGACUGAGUUGAUUCUUUAAUAGCUUGUUCAAUCAACACUUACAUGAUGAUUUGAAGUGACUUUGAAUUCAUCAUUCACUUAGCUUGUAUUAUUAAAACUGGCAUUCUUGAUAUCAUUUGGCCUUGUUUAUUGAUAAUAAUGAUAAUGACAUGACUUUUUGAGGGAAUAUUGUUUAUUUGCGCCCUUGUAGUGUCAUUUGUGGCCCUCGUGCUUCGCGCUCAGGCCACAAAUGACACUACGCGGGCGCAAAUAAACAAUAUUCCCUCAAAAAGUCAUGUUAUUCCCUUAUUAUCAAUGCCAAGGUCAUCAUUAUAACAGUUACAGGUUAACUGUUAUAAAAAUUAAUUCUUAGAUUAAGGAUUGUCAAGUUGUUGCAACAAGAAUCAGCAGAGAACUUGGUGGCAGAGAUGAUUCAACAGAGCUUCAGGUUGGAGCAGUGGAAGAAACUCAGUUGUAUAAUGUGAGUAAAAUAAACCUCCAUGUGCUGGUUCCUAAUUCUUCCCUCAAGGUGCCAUAGAUUUCCUCAUAAUUAAGUUCAGAAAUCUGGUGUUAAAUUAUUACUCUAGCUGAUACAUUUUUCUUUCCUCUUUUUUUUUUUCUUUUUAAUCACUUGUAAGAGUUGAGUGAUUAGUGAUUCAGCAAAUUUAGAUAAAAUGUGCUUAAAUAUAAUAGACAAAUUUUGUUUAAGACUGGUUUUUGGUUAUGUUGGAGUUCAAGUUUGGGUGGUAGUCAGGAGUGCAGGCCCUAGUUGUUUGAACGUCGGAUAACUCUAUCCUCUAGAUAAAUCUCUAUCUAGUGGAUAACACUAUACAUUUUUUUAUCACUUAUCUGCUGGAGAGCUAUUUAUCUGUUGGAUAGUAUUAUCUGCCCUUUAUACAACUGGGCCCAGAAUGAUACAAUCAAGUACAAAUCAAAUUAAAAGAAUUGAAAGUGGAAUGCUAAUACUUUUGAUGACUCUUUGGCCUAAAAUUUAGUGAAAACAGAAUUGCUGGACUUGUAAGAUUUCAAGAACCUUAAGAACUGCAUUUCUGGCUGGUCAGGUUUUCCCUUUUCUUCCAACUCUGACAAUGAAUUAUUUACCAAAUCAUAAGUGUUGCAUUUACAUAGGCAGAACUGGGAGACAAUGGAAAUAUUCUCAUAUUUCUAACUGCAAUCAUUUUGAGUCUGUGAUGGCACUUACCAUUCCAGCUUCCAAUUUUCACUAGAUUGUAAGGCCUCCCACCAAAGCAACUGCAACUCGAACUGUAACUUUUUCUCAAGCACUUGUAAAAAUUAGUGUUCUUGAUUCAUUGUAAUUAAUUAAACAUCUGGCAUUCACUGCUGAAAAAUUUUGCCCAGACCCUGUCUAGGUCAUCAUACCUCCCUCUUUUACAGUAUUAUCAAAUUAAUCUUCCCCUUUUUUGCCAUAUAGGUCAGAAAAUCUCAAUAUGGACACUUCAAGAAAUAUGGCAUCAAUCCAAAGAAAAAGGUUGCAAGUUUUCCUGUUACAGAAAAUGGUCUUCUUCAUCCUGGUAUGAAAAGAGAAAAUAGAUCUUUAAAGUUGAUCACUAAUUUGUCUGGUUUCAAUGCUGUUUUUGAGAUAAUAAAAUACUGAUAAAGCAAGGAAAAGUCACCUUCUGGAAGUGAAAAUUACCCUCUGCGAGCAAAUGAGGCUAUUCCAUAAUUGAUAUUUGGUUUGAGUUGCUGUGUUUAUAUUUUGUUUUAAUUUUAACAGGAACACCCCUUUAUGCAACUCACUUCUAUCCUGGUCAGCAUGUUAAAAUUCAAGGAGUCACGUAGGUUACUUUCUUCUCUCUUCAUUUUAAACCCAUUAAAACAUCUAUAACAUGCUUUUUAAAGAGUUAGCCAGAGAUGUAACUUUCAGCAUUUAUUUAUUGGUCUUUAAAUUUUUCUGGUGGUCUAUGUGCUCUUUCCCUGCUUAGGAAAUUUGCCAGCAACUGCUGCUCAGUGAUCCUCUUUCAAAUACUACUUGGAUUUCAGUUUCUGGUAACAUAAUGCAUUCUUUUUUUCUCGUGAACAAAGAAUUGACUGGGGAUUUCAAGGUGUGAUGAAAAGGUGGAAGAUGAAAGGCCAACCAGCUUCUCAUGGCCAUUCAAAAACACACAGGAAAAUGGGAGCAACAGGAGGCGGGCAGGUAUGAAACACAGACAAAUCAUGUAAUCUAGGUCAUUGAAUAUACAGAUAGUUUUGGGAUAAAAACAUGGCAAGUCUAUCAUAGCUGGGCCAGCUGUCAAUAAAGAGGAUUAAAGAAUGAAGCAAGCAAAUAUGGCCUGUGUUGGGGAAGGAAACUUGCUCUUGCUUUUUCUGUUUCCUCUAUUAUAGAAGAGCUUGACAUUAAUUUUAGUUGUUUCCCGUCAGGUUAUGCCCUGAUGGCAUUGAAGCCUUUUUUCUUUACAAGAUAUGUUUGUGACCAUUUGUUGGUAGCAGUAACCACUCAACAAGGAGCAGUGAAUUACUUUUCUUCCAUAAUUCAUUUUUUUUUCUGAUUUUAAAAUAAGGAUCCUGGAAGAAUCUGGCCAGGAAAGAGGAUGCCUGGUCACAUGGGAAAUAAUAGCUGUACAUUCCUUGCUGUCAAGGUAAUUUGAACAAGUAAUGUUUAUUUGGAAACUGUCAGAAUUCAAAUUAAAAUAGUACCUUGCUGUAGAUCCAAACAAAAAGGGUCUUAAAUAAAAUGUACAAUGACUGAACAAAUCAUAAGCCUUGUGUUAAGAAGUUUUUCAUUUUUUUUGUUCCAGAUUCUUCGUAUCAACACCAAGUACAAUAUCCUUUACCUCCUGGGAAAUUGUCCAGGCAAAAAGGGAAGCUUCAUUACAAUUCAGGAUUCUUACAAGCCACAUGGACACCCUCCUCCCUUCCCUACUUAUUUCCCAGAUCCCCAGGAUCCCCUCCCUGAGGAUAUGUUUGCAGAUGAUGUACAACAGUUUGAUGAGACAAUAUUUUUCACAAAACAGGACCAAGCCAGUGAAGCUGCACAGGAAAAUGCUUGA